CCUCGGAAAUGGACUCAAAGAUUGCGAUCAAAGAGUUACCGCAUUGUGUCAAAUGUCACGGACUUCUCAGACCGCAUGUGGUCUGGUUUGGCGAACCCCUCGACCCGAGUGUUCUUGAGGCGGCACAAACUGAGCUGGACAAAUGCGAUCUUUGUCUUGUGAUCGGCACCUCUUCUAUCGUAUAUCCGGCGGCAAUGUUUGCCCCACAAGUGGCCUCUCGAGGGGUACCCGUCGCUGAGUUUAACAUUGAGAGCACUCCCGGAACCCAUCAUUUCGGAUUUCACUUCGAGGGCGGCUGUGUCUCAACCCUUCCGCAGGCUAUCAGAGCGGUUAAGAACUGAUUAAUUGGUGAACACUGAGAGACAAUCUGUUGUAUUUUUAAUUCAAUUAUUUCAACUCUUUUGCCAAACUAUUUGUACUCUAUUUUUGUUAAUUGUUUUUUUAAUUACUCGCGAAAGAGAAUUAUUUUUAUGCGAAUAUUGUUAAUGAUUUAAUCAAAUGCUUACCAGUUGUCAAAUGAAUACCCCAUAAUGAGAGUCAAUUGAUUGCUUAUUUACAGUAAUAUUUUACGCUCUUUUGAGUACAAAGUCUUAAUUCUAUCAAAUUUAUCCAUUUUAAUGGCAUUUAAUUAUUUUUUAUAAGUUUAUUAUCA